AUGAAAACCCAGCCAGGAAAAUCAGCCAACCGAAACGAAACGAAACGAAACGAUCUCAUUCUUGUCCCUUCAGAUGGCGAGCCUAGAGCCCUCUUUUCCUUUUACCAAAAAUGUUGGGUUAACACUGGUUUCACCAAAAAGGUAACAGAUAUGCUGAUUCUUCUGCUGCUCCUACUGGUCCUCACUUACAGACUCGUCUCCAUCAUCCACUUCUUCACUUUCCCCUGCUUCCUCGCGUUCCUCUGCGAAUCAUGCUUCACUUUCACUUGGUUUCUCUGCUUAUGCACCAGAUGGACUCCGGCCCUUGUCACAACCUGCCCAGGCCGCCUCCUCCAACGGGUGUCGGAAAUGGAACUUCCGGCGGUGGACAUGUUCGUGACGACGGCGGACCCGGUGCUUGAACCACCCAUCAUAACCGUCAACACUGUGUUGUCUCUGCUAGCCCUGGAUUAUCCAUCUCAUAAGCUAGCUUGCUAUGUUUCUGAUGACGGGUGUUCCCCUCUCACCUUCCACGCCCUCGUUGAAGCCUGCAAAUUUGCCCAGCUUUGGGUACCUUUCUGUAAAAAGCACCAUGUUCAACUAAGAGCUCCUUUGAGAUACUUCUCCCACUACAAAACACUCACUGGCGCAGAAUCACCGGAGUUCAAACAAGAAUGGUUGAGAAUGAAGGAUGAGUAUGAGGAUCUUAGGCGCCGAAUCGAACAAGGCCCGGCUCAGCUUGACGGAGACUUGGCAGAUUUCUCGAAUACAGAGAGGAGAAAUCAUCCAGCCAUAAUCAAGGUUAUAUGGGAGAACAAGAAAAUAACUUCAGAUGGGUUGCCACACUUGAUAUACAUAUCGAGAGAGAAGCGCCCAAAGUAUCCUCAUCACUACAAAGCGGGUGCUAUGAAUACACUGGCGAGAGUCUCUGGUUUGAUGACCAAUGCUCCCUACACUUUGAACCUUGAUUGCGACAUGUCUGUGAACAAUCCAAUGAUUGCUCUCCAUGCCAUGUGCAUUCUGUUGGAUCCCAAGAGCCAAAAGGAAGUUGCUUUUGUUCAAUGUCCCCAGCAUUUCUGUGGUGCGUUAAAGGACGACCCUUUUGGAAACCAGAUGGUGGUUUUGUUCAAGUACAUGGGGGGUGGAUUGGGAGGAAUCCAAGGAUCUUUCUAUGCGGGAACAAAUGCCUUCCAUAGAAGGAAAGUACUAUAUGGAAACACUUCAGAUGAGGAGUUGGCUCAAAUAUUUGGAGGUUCAAAGGAGUUGGUGAAAUCAGUUGCUCUCACUUUCAAAGACAAAACAUAUUCUCCUAAUCUAAAUGUUUCAAAAUCUCUUGAGGAAGCCCACCAGGUCGCUUCUUGUGGAUAUGAAUAUGGCAGUGGCUGGGGUAAACAGGUGGGUUGGAUGUAUGGAUCAAUGACCGAAGAUGUGCUUACUGGACUGACAAUCCAUACCAAGGGUUGGAGAUCAGAAAUGUGUACGCCAGACCCAACUGCAUUUUCGGGGUGUGCCCCAGAAUGUGGGCCUGGUUCACUGACACAACAAAAAAGAUGGGGCAUAGGCCUCCUUGAAAUCCUUUUCACUAAGCACUGUCCAAUUCUGGGCAUAAUUUUUGGCAAGCUACAGUUUAGAGAGGCCAUGGCGUAUUUGUGGAUCACUACCUGGGCUGCUCGCAGUGUUCCUGAAUUGUGCUAUGCUAUUCUUCCUGUUUAUUGCAUCAUUACCAACUCGACUUUCUUCCCCAGGGGACAAGGCAUCUGGAUUCAUGUUGCGCUGUUUGUUGUUUACAACAUACACACUUUAUCGGAGUACAUUGCGACUGGACUGUCACUGAGAGCAUGGUGGAACAACCAAAGAAUGUCGAGAAUAGUAGCCAUGACUGCUUGGCCUUUUUCUGUUUUGAGCGUGAUACUGAAGCUCCUGGGAACAUCUGACACAGUAUUUGAAGUGACACAGAAAGACCAAUCCAGUUCUAGUGAUGAUGAAGAUGCCGGUAGAUUCACGUUCAAUACUUCUCCAAUGUUCAUACCAGGCACCACUGUUUUGCUUCUGCAACUAAUAGCUUUGGCCACAAAGCUGUCAAGAUUGCAACCAGCAGCGCAGGGUGGGGAUGGCUCUGGCGUAGGCGAGCUCUUCUGCGUGUCAUAUAUCAUACUGUGUUAUCGGCCAUUUUUAAAAGGGCUAUUUGACAAAGGAAAAUAUGGGAUUCCCUUGUCCACUGUGUUCAAGUCAGCAGGAUUGUCCUUCGUUUUCGUGCUCCUUUGUAGAAGGUACCAUUAA